AUGUCUCCUAAAGAAGCCCUCGACAGUGCACACACCACUCAUCAUGUAGAGGAGGCUCGCGCCCCGGCGUUUGAGGAGAAACCGAAAGCCAACAUCGACAACAUUCGCAAUGACGCGGCCGUCAACGUCUUGGAGCAGUACACUGGUAACCUAGAGUGGAGUGAUGUUGAGGAGAAACAUCUUGUGCGAAAGAUUGACAGGAAGCUGAUGCCUUUGAUGUUCCUCACCUACGGGCUGCAAUACUACGACAAGUCCAUGUUGUCCCAAGCAGCUGUCUUUGGAUUGCGUCAAGACCUACAUCUCGAAACCGGGAACAGGUUCAGCUUCUCAUCAUCCAUCUUCUACAUCGGCUUCAUUGCCGGGGCCAUGCCGGCAAUCUUGAUGGCUCAGCGCUAUCGCAUCGAACGUGUUGCUGCCACGGUCGUCGGCAUCUGGGGCGUUUGCCUGCUGGGAACCAUGGGAUGCCAGGACUACCGUGGUCUCUACGCACAGAGGUUCUUUCUGGGAUUUCUUGAGUCUGGAAUUUCACCCAUGUUCAUGCUCAUUGUCGCGGGAUUCUACAAGAAGGAUGAGCAAGCCAUGAGGAUUGGAUUUUGGUUCAGCGCGAACGGGUUCAUCUCCAUCGUCAGUCCGUUGGUCAACUGGGGCGUGGGCCAUAUCUCCAGCGGCCCACUCAGCCCCUGGCAGUACAUGUAUCUCAUCGCCGGCUGCUUGACCGUUGUUUGGGCAUUCAUCAUACUCUUCUUCAUGCCACCCGACCCGAUCCACGCAAAGAACUUGUCUGAGAGGGAGCGAUACAUUGCUGUCUCCAGAUUGCGAGUCAACAAUGCCGGAGUGCGCAAUACGCACUUCAAGUAUAAGCAAGCACUCGAGGUUCUGGUUGAUACCCGUUUCUGGCUCUCCUUCGCCAUGGCCGUGUUGAUCAUGAUUGCCAACGGACCCAUCUCGACCUUCAUCGCCAUCGUAAUUGGCGGGUUUGGGUUCACUCCCUUCCAGAGCUUGCUGCUUGUCAUGCCUGCUGGGUUCGUAGCUGGCCUUGAAGGCCUCGUUGUGUGUUAUUGCGCCUACAAGUUUCCGAGGUGGAGGACUUGGUUGAUCGUCGUAACCCUGCUUCCCACCAUCACAGCUUCGACCCUACUCUGGCAGCUGCCGAGAUCCUCCAAAGGUGGACUUUUGGUCGGAGUUUAUAUGCUGGGCGGGUUUGCCGCCCCAUACUCGGUGCUCAUGGGUCUUCAAACCGCGAACACGGCUGGCUACACGAAGAAGUCGCUCACUGCUUCUGGGUUGUUUCUCGGAUACUGUAUCGGAAACAUCAUCGGACCCCUUGUCUUCAAAUCGUCCGACGCCCCUGCCUAUGGCCCAGGCUUCACUGUUGUCCUAAUCACAUCGAUAAUUGCAGGGGCUCUGGCAAUCUGCUACCGAUAUUUGUGCAUGUGGGAAAAUGCUCGGCGCGACCGAGUUAGUGAGCCUGAAGGAUAUGAGCAUGCUUACGACGACGACAUCACGGACAUGAAGAACCCCCAAUUCAGAUAUUCUAUCUAA